UGGAACGGAACGGGCGUCCCCUUCCCGUGUCUUAUCCACUCCCAACGUUCCAUUCUGUGGAUGCUUCCGCCACCGCCACCGCCCAACGACCAGCAGCAAGCAGCUCAGCCAAGGGGCUCCCCAUCGUAUCGAUCCCCAUUCGCGCCGUCCUCUUCUUCUUCUUCUUCUUCUCGAUUCAUAGUUAAUCCGUCAGGCUUUUGUUGCUUGCUGCUGCUGCUGCGGUGGCGGGUGGGGAGGAAGGAUGCUGAUUGCGGCUGAUUUCCCGGGAGAUUCGACGGUGUCCCGAUGCGCAUUCCCCGGUUUGUUCUGAGUGAUGAUGCGGUCUCCGUUUCGUGAUCUUUGAUUGAUGAGCCGUUCCGCGGUAAGCUCUGAAGGCGGCAUUGCGCUCCGGCUCUUCGUGGACUGGAGGAUCCGGCGCCGGAGGGUCUGCGCAUGCAAGAUGUUCGACACUGGUUCCCAAAGGGGUAGGGUGAAGCAGCUGGUGGCUUUUGCCAAGAAGAGGAGGCGGCCCAAGAAGCAGCCGUCGCGGCGGCCAUGGUGGAAGGCGUGGUUCUCGGACUGGAACGACGAGGAGGAGAGCUUGUCUGGCUGGAGGGAGGAUGAGGAGCUGCUCGAGGAGGUUGGCGGCGAGGAAGGGCUGUCGGACGACGAGAAGUUUGAGACGUGGAAGAGGAAGGCCGAGGCUAUUGUCGAGCUGCGGGAGGCGCGGCAGGAUGCCAUGAACGCGGAAGGGCGCUCGUGGGAGGAUUGGAUUGGCGGGGGCAGUAGCACAGCGGGGGAUGGCGGCGGUGACUGGGGUGGGGAUUUGGAUGUGUCAGACCUGAUAACGGAUGAUCCUACAGAGAUAGUGAGGGAUAAAGGUUUGAUUGAAACUUUCAGAGACUCUGUAGAUGAAGAUUACAAUGACAUGCUGUUUGAAGACCGGGUUUUUCUGUAUGCUUCAACGAAUUCGGCCAAAUUUCUAGCAUUAUUGAUUGUGAUUCCAUGGGUGUUGGAUUUUCUGGUUCAUGACUAUGUUCUGAUGCCAUUUUUGGAAAGGUACGUCCAGAAGGUACCACUUGCUGCUGAGCUGCUUGAUGUAAGGCGCAGCCAGAAACUCCUGAUGGUAAAGGACAUAAAUACUGAGAAAGCAAGAUAUCGUUUUGAAGUAGAGAUUGGUAAAUCUCCUCCACUUUCUGAUGAUGAGCUCUGGUCAGAGUUACGGGAAAAAGCGAUAGAGUUGAGAGAUGAAUGGAGAUUAGAAAACCGAAAAGCGUUUGCAAAUAUCUGGUCUGACAUGGUUUAUGGAAUUUCCCUAUUCCUUCUUAUGUACUUCAACCAGAGUAAAGUUGCGAUGCUGAAAUUCACAGGAUAUAAGUUACUAAAUAAUAUUUCAGACAGUGGGAAAGCAUUCCUUAUAAUUCUAGUUUCAGACAUCCUUCUAGGGUACCAUUCAGAGUCAGGUUGGCAUUCUUUGGUAGAAGUCAUUCUCGAGCACUACGGCCUUGAAGCCGAUCAAGCUGCAAUCACCUUCUUUGUUUGUCUGGUUCCUGUUGCCUUGGAUGUAUUUAUAAAAUUUUGGGUAUACAAAUACCUUCCAAGAUUAUCACCUAGUGUGGGUAACAUUUUGGAUGAAAUAAAGCGUCAUUAGAGACUUUCCAUCAGGAAUUUGAUCUGCUUAAUUCAUUCCAUUAAGAAUUUGAAGGAAAGACCAUCCUUCCAGGGCUCACUCGGGGCUAGUGUCUGAUUGAUGAAAUGCCAACAUAGUUGCCAUGGAUUGCAAUUUCGGAGGUCGCCCUAACCAGUGCUUACCCUACAAAAGGCAUACAUAACAUUCUGUAGUAUAUAUACUCUCCACAUAAAAAAAAUGUGCUGAUUACACAUAUCAUCCAGGAAUAUUCAGGUUGAUGCGGUAUUCACCGAUAAUGAGCGAUUUUGUCCCAGGAUGCUCACAUAUCGAACCUUCUGUGUUUUCAUCUUUUUGUUAUGUGAAAUUCGAAACAACUAUGUAUAUGUAUACAAACAGCAGAGGCUGCAGUAGGAAUUUGCCUUUCCCCCUUUUUUCUCCAUUGUAGUUCCUUGUGGCAUUUGUAAUGUUAUCAAGGAAUUUAGGCCAGUCUAAGAAAAUAAUUUAGGUCCAAUUUGGUGUGCGGGAUGAGACUAUUUUCUUGUUCCUGCAGGAAAUUAUUCAAUUCAUGCAUGUGAGGAAAUACCUAUGCUUCAAUCAGAAAUUGCUCCCUUUUUUA